UGGAGCAGGAAGCAGUCACUUGGAUACCAGGAAUAUGAGGGAUGGAAUUCCAAGGUUUCUGGUAAAUGGAGACUCUGCUUUCGAACCGAAACCCCUACGUGUACAAAUUCACGAGGAGAUAUUUGCGAGCAUGUCUGAUUCUGAGGAGCAACAUGAACUAGAGUUCAGUUUAAAGAGGGAUGCCACUCGGGCCAGUAUUCAGAUUGUUCCCAAAAUAACCUCAAACACUUUGAACCUUGAGAUCAAGGUGAAACGGUCAGCUACACUACCCAAGAACCCCUGGCUUAGCCUCCCUAUAGAUGAUUUGGAGAGCUCUUAUACAGUUACAAUUACACCCAGUUCUUCUAACCAGCAGAGAGACCUGAAGAGCCCCAGUCUUUCAGAACACUCAUAUCGAACAGACCAAUCCAACGGGUCACGAGAUCAACCUACUCAAACUAAUGGCUUGGGGUGCGCUCACACAAAAGAUACCAAGAGCAGCGUCUUCCAGAGUCAGGAUAGCUUUGAGGACUCGGAGUUGAAUCCCAUUGGGAAUGUUCUGUCCAGUACCAUAACUGAUAAUGAGGACAAACCCAGCAAUAUAGUGGACGGUGAGCCAUCUCUUCUGUGGGACACAUUUGAUCUCCACAACCUUAGAAGGGACUCUUUUGAAAGGUUGGAAUUCUCUCUCAACGACUGGGUUCAGAGAGAACAACGAGAGCUUAAAAAGGUGGAGGAGACUUUAGACCGAGCUGCUGAGAUACUGCUGGAGGAGGAGACUGUUCUUGCACAGGAAGUUCUCCUUGAUGAGCUGUUAAAGAUGGAGGACCUGCACAAACAUUGGCCCUUAUGCAACAGAGAAGAUCAGCACUGUGUGAUGUCACCAAAAGAUCCAGCUGAAUCUGGUGUGAUUGGAUUGGGCAAAGAUAGUGAACUCUCCACCUUAGACUCUGAGAUUUUGAAAACAAGUGACAUUUUUGAAGACUCUGAUUCCAUAGGAUUAGCCACUGAAAGCCUUGCUCAUGUAAAUGAACCUGUGCAGCUGGACACAAGACCUCCUAAGGUGGAAAGAAGUGGUAUCCUUCAGGAACUUCGAGGUCUUGAGGAGAAAAUUAUAGAGGAGACUUUGAAACUCAAUGCUCUUCGCUGCAGUGAGGCUGAGGUGUUUCUCUCUGAACACAUAUCACAGGAUCAUGUCACGACACGGAGCUCCUACAGGGAGAGGAGGAUGUUGCGUACUCAGCUGGAGGAGGAGAAACAGGAUGUGGAGAAGGUGGAGCAAAGCCUGAUCCGAGAAAUGGAGAAAGAUGGAAAGGUGAGGAAGAGGUUGAGCAAAACCCACAAAGUUGUGAAGUGUUCUGUCAUGGAGAGGAACUCAGAGCUGAAAUAUCUGGAUGAUGAGCUGUUGAGGAGCUGUAGGCUCAAGCAGCAGAGCUUUCGAGAUCUUCAAUACGAUCAUUAUAAACCUCCAUCGAUUCCAGCCAAUGAGCAAUUGAACCCUCAAAAACCUCCAUAUUCAGCAUCUGAAGAAUCCAGCCCUGACAUACCUCAAUGUUAUUCAUCUCAAAAUCCUUCCAUUGUCACUAUAGAGGAGUGCACCAGUCACACACCUUCAAAUCAAGAAGCAAAGCAAGACUCCAAUCCCCAGGACUCAAAUUUGACUUCUGGGCUUUUAAGUACAGCAAACACCGUUAAAGUACCUCCUAAUCGAGCAACAAAUAACCAUGCCAAUCCCCAAAUCUUAAAUUUGUCCUCUGGGACGUCAAGUGCAGCAGAUACCAGUCAAGUACCCCCAAAUCAAGCUACAAAGGAAAAUAUUGCAAAGCAAGAUACCAAUACCCAAAAUUCAAAUUUGUCCUCUGGGCCGUCAAGUACAGAAGAUACCAGUCAAGUACCUCCAAAUCAAGCUGCAAAUGAAGAGACCAAUCCACAAAACUCAAAUUUAGCCUCUGGACCUUUGAGUGCAAUAGUUUCAAGCAAAUCUAUUCCUAACAAAAGUCUGAGUGAGAACUCUGAGGUGGAGACUGUUGAAGCAUCCUCAACCCAGAAGACCAAUCACGAGCAAGGUGAAUUUGAUCCUGAUGGCAUGUUACUUGUAUCUCCAGUGCCUGCACUAAGAAGUGUAUUUCCUUUUGACAGCAUACAAACACAAAAUCGUUCUGAGAAAAGUCCAUCAGCAGCCGAAAAUAAAGCAAGACAAGGACGAUCGGUAUCCGUCUCGUGUGACAACAUAACCCUAAAAUCCAGCAAGCUAACAAACCCACUAUUGAGCAAGUCUCAAGGACAGCAUAUGUAUAACAAUAACAACAACAAAUCCCCUCCUGUCCAGCCAGUGUUAUACAAUCACAAUUCUGCAACCCAAGAGAACAUUGAAGAAUCCUCUACAGAGAGAGAAGACUCUAAAGCAUUGAGAGUAAAAGCAAACACUGUUGAGGUGACUGGGCAGUACUCAAGCCAUGGGCAUAAUGAAGGGGAUGUUCCCUAUGACGGUGGAGGUUCCACAAAGGCUGUCUGCAGAUCUCCACUUCACCAGAUGCAACUGCACACUUUCACUAGACAGAUGACUGAAUAUAAGACCGCUAUCGUGUUGGACACUGGGUCUGGUUUGAUGAAGGCAGGAUUUGCAGACCAGGACUUUCCAACUACUGUAUUCCCCACUGUCAUUGGGCAUCCAAAAUAUGAGGAAAUAAUGAAUGGAAGUGUGGACAGAGAGGCGUAUAUUGGGCAUGACGCACAGCACAUGAGAGGAGUGCUAACACUGAAAUAUCCCAUAAGGAAUGGAGUUGUACGCAGCUGGGAUGAGAUGGAGAUGAUCUGGCAUCAUGCGUUCCAGCAGCUCGGUGUGGACUCUGAAGAUCAUCCGGUGUUGCUGACUGAAGCGGCCAUGAACCCGCUGGAGAACCGGCAGAGAAUGGUGGAACUGAUGUUUGAGGCCUUCAACGUCCCCCGCACGUUUGUGGCCAUGCAGGCGGUUCUCGCUCUCUACGCCUCAGGGCGAACCACAGGUGUGGUGUUGGACUCUGGUGAUGGUGUGAGUCACAGUGUGCCAGUGUUUGAGGGGUACUGUCUCCCUCAUGCCGUGCAGCGCUUCCAUCUCGCCGGAGCCGACGUCACCCUGCAGCUUCAGAAGCUGCUGCUGGAGCAGGGUGUGUGCAUGCGCACAUCUGCAGAACAGGAGAUUGUGCGGGAGAUAAAGGAGAGCUGUUGCUAUGUGGCUCUGGAUUAUGAUGCUGAACUCUGGAGCGGAGGAACGGCCUCCUCACAGGUGCACUACACACUACCUGACGGACGGCUCAUCUCACUUGCCAGCGAGCACUUCAGGGCACCUGAAAUCCUGUUCAAGCCGAAGCUGAUUGGACAAGAUAAUUAUGGGAUACAUGAGAGCGUUUUCAAAUCCAUUCUCCAAUCAGACAUCGACCUGCGGCGGAGUUUGGUGGGAAAUAUUGUUCUGUCAGGUGGGAACACACUGUUGUCUGGACUCCCCGAGCGGCUGCAGAAGGAGAUGAGAAACAUGGCUCCUGCGAACCUGACAGAGUGUGUGAGAGUGACUAGCCCAAGCGACCGAGACUUCUCUGUGUGGUGCGGAGGAGCUGUGAUGGCCAACCUGCCCACCUUCUCCAGCACCUGGAUCAGCGCAGAGGAGUAUGAAGAGUUCGGCCCGCAGAUUGUUUUCAGGAAGUGCUUCUGAGCUCAGGAAGCUCAAUAUGCUUUCCUCAGGACUGAUUUUAAUGCUGUUUUAACCAGGUUUGCCUUUGCAAUUCAAUAUUUUUAAAAGGCUUUGUUUUUAUAUAUAUAUUAUUCGUUACACUUGUUACCUGGUGAGUUUUGAUGUUGUCUGCAUCACAGUACUUAAGCCAUGUUGUAACCGCAAGUUUCCAAGAGAAUGCGCAUUUUUUUUAAAUUUUUUACAAGCUCUUAAUGGUAACAUUGGUUGUAUCAGUUAUUAUUUUAUUGUAAUAUAAUUAUUACAUCAUGUCUAAUAUAUAUAUUUUUAUGUCUGUCUGCCUAUAUAAAUUUAUAAGCUGUAAGUGUAACCUUUUCAGUGUUGUCCUGAUGCUGUUUGUGGACGCAAGUCUGACCUCAGUUAGGUAAUAUUGUAUUUUUUUUUUCACUGAAAAAUGUAAAUGCGUUGAUAGUAUUGCGCACAAUCAUCUGUACAAUGUUUCAUGUAGACUCAAAGUGAAGGAGUUAUGUUCAUUUAACUUGCAAGGGAUCCUUUUCUCCUACAUGUGCGCAAUUUCCUGACUUUUUUUUGUUUUUUUGCAUGUUUCUUUUGUGUGUUGGUUUUGCUGAGCAGGAUUUUUUUUUCUACUUGUGUGAGUGCCACAUUUCACUUCCCUUUCUAUUGUGAUUUGCACCUGGGUUUGGAUUUUUUUUUUUUUUUUUUUUUUUUUUUUUUGAGGAAAUGGUUUUGAAAUGCAUACAAAUGGAUGACACGGAUCCCUCUCCUGAUGGUAAAUCUCACAGACACCUGCAGUACUUGGAAUUCACCUUUAUUUCUGUGAUUUUGUUUUUUUUUUUUUUAUUUUUUUUUUUUCUUUAUUUUGAGUGUACGUCUGUGCUUGUCCACAAUGUAUGAAUGCACAAACUGAAAAUCUGUGGGGGUUUAGUCUUGUGUACAUGUAUAUUAGCUGAAGUUCAGGACAUAAGAUCCAAAUCCUGUUAUGUGUUGAGCUGUUUAAUAUGUUGCUCAACAUAAGUGCAUUAAUGCACCAAGAUCCCAAGCACAAUCUAGCAUCAGCAUCUGUUAGACCUGGUAAUGUCCUAACCUUUUAACAAUAAAUAUUAAUUCUAAACAAAAGAUUUCUUGUUCAUGUAUUUAUUAAAUGAACUCAGCAAAAAAAGAAACGUCCUCUCACUUUCAACUGCUUUUAUUUUCAGCAAACUUGACGUGUAAAUAUUUGUAU